AUGAAAUUGAUACUAGUUGUGAAAACUUGGCAGAGAGAGUUAAUCUUAGCAAUUAACAUAGCAGAAACUUCGAUUACAAUAGAUGGUAUUUACUAUGUUAUUGAUCCAGGGUAUAUAAAACUAGAUGCUUACGAUCCAAAAGUUGGUAUGGAUUCCUUUAAAAUUUGUCCAAUAAGUAAAGCUCAAGCAAAUCAAAGAAGUGGUAGAGCAGGUAGAACAGGACCAGGUAAAUGUUAUAGACUAUAUACUGAAGAAAGUUAUGAAAAAGAAAUGUUACCAAAUACAAUACCAGAAAUUCAAAGACAAAAUUUAUCACAUACAAUUUUAAUGUUAAAAGCAAUGGGUAUAAAUGAUUUAAUUAAUUUUGAAUUUAUGGAUCUACCUUCAACAAGAACUUUAAUAUCAUCAUUGGAAGAUCUUUAUAUGUUGGAAGCAUUAGGUGAUGAAGGAGAAAUUACAACAUUAGGUAGAAAUAUGGCAGAUUUUCCAAUGGAACCAGCAUUAGCUGGAACUUUUAUAAAUCAGUUGAAUUUGAAUGUACAGAAGAAAAAUAUAUCAUUUGCUGAUGAUGUUGAUGUUGAACCACAAAAUUUAACAAAUCCACCACCAAGAAGAAAAACGUCAAUAGUUAGUACCAAGACAAAAAGAACAUUAUCAUCAGCUACUAAAAUGGGGUUUUCAUCUUCUAAAAAUAGUACUAUUUCAACUACAUCAGACUCUUCCUUUGAUAAAGAUACUGAAUAUGAAACAGAUGACACUUCAUCACAAUCAUCAAUUAUUUCAACUACACCUUCAAAUGUUUACCAUCGUCAAUAUAGAAAAUGUUAUCCAUCUCCAGAUGGUGUAAGAGCCGCAAGUGCAGUAAUAAGACCAUAUAUGUUUGCAACAAAAGGUACUUUAAUAGCAUCAGAAUUUGAUAUAAAAUCAGUUAAAUAUUCAUUACAAUUAACAAUAGAUUUUGAUUAUAUAGAUCAUUCAACUACCAUAUUUAUACCAAAAUGGCGAUAUCCAUUUCUCAAAUAUGGUGAUAUAAUUAUUUAA